CGCCCCGGCCCGUCGCCAUGUUGUUCCCUCCGCGCCGGACGGAGGCAGCUGGAGCUGGAACCUGGCUGCGCUACCGCCGCCGCCUCCUGCUCUGCGGGUCCCCGACCCUCUCUCUGUCUUCAUAGCACCCAGACGGGCCGGCCCAGAGCUCUCGGGCAGUCUUUCGUGUGUCCGCGAGGGUUCUUGAAGCUCUUGUGAUUAACAAUGGCAGGAAAAUCAUCACUUUUUAAAGUAAUUCUCCUUGGAGAUGGUGGAGUUGGGAAGAGUUCACUUAUGAACAGAUAUGUAACUAAUAAGUUUGACACCCAGCUCUUCCAUACAAUAGGUGUGGAAUUUUUAAAUAAAGAUUUGGAAGUGGAUGGACAUUUUGUUACUAUGCAGAUUUGGGACACGGCAGGUCAGGAGCGAUUCCGAAGCCUGAGGACACCAUUUUACAGAGGUUCUGACUGCUGCCUGCUUACUUUUAGUGUCGACGAUUCACAAAGCUUCCAGAACUUAAGUAACUGGAAGAAAGAAUUCAUAUAUUAUGCAGAUGUGAAAGAGCCUGAGAGCUUUCCUUUUGUGAUUCUGGGUAACAAGAUUGACAUAAGCGAACGGCAGGUGUCUACAGAAGAAGCCCAAGCUUGGUGCAGGGACAACGGCGACUAUCCUUACUUCGAAACAAGUGCAAAAGAUGCCACAAACGUGGCAGCAGCCUUUGAGGAAGCGGUUCGAAGAGUUCUUGCUACCGAGGAUAGGUCAGAUCACUUGAUUCAGACAGACACAGUCAACCUUCACCGAAAGCCCAAGCCUAGCUCAUCUUGCUGUUGAUUGUUAGAUUGUUGAUGCAUUCUAAUCAACUCACACAUAUACACAAAAUCAACAUGGGGAUGGAGAAGAGAAUUAGCGUUUGCAGCAGUGUAUCAUCUAAUAAAAUUAAACUAAAGUAUAUUGCUGCUUCAUUAGUUGGUGGGAGAAGGGACACAUCUACCCAUGGAGGAAUAUAUUUACUCAGUAAUGGCACCUUCCAUUUAUGAAUUGUAACGGUUGUCUAAUAACGUUUCUUUAAAUAUGUAAGUUGCAGAGCUAAUAAAUGAGAUGGCCAAGACUUUAAUGAUAAUUAAAAUAAGAAACUUGACUAUUCUAGAAGUUAUACUUGGAUUUUUUUUCCUGGGAAAAUGGAGAACUACUUUUAUAUGUGUAUGUUUUUAUGCAAUUAGCAUUGUAUUCUUGGUUCAGAGAAAUAAUUUCCUAAAGCAAUAAUGUUAGAUAUUAAAGAUUAAAAUCUAAUGUAUUUGCGAUA